ACUCAGCGCCCGGGGGGCGGGGUGGCUGCGUGACGUAAUCAAGGAAGUGUUUUCAUACACCUGCCGGAGAGGAGCAUGAAGAGAGGACGAUCUGACAGAACCAGUAGAGAUGUCCCAGUAGAGUCCUGCAGGCUGUGGUGCUGAGCGGAGCUUCAGGAUGGAGAUCCUGGUGGCCAAGCUGCUCGGCCUGCUGGGAUUGUUCGGCCUCAUGCUGGCCGGCGUCCUGGUCCCGGUGCGCCUCCUGCUGGUGGACUACGACAAGGCUCACAGAUACAGGAGGGCGCUGUCGCUCUGCAACUCGUUCGGAGGAGGCGUUUUCCUGGCGACGUGCUUCAACGCUCUGCUGCCCGCCGUCAGAGACAAGGUGGCCGACGUGUUCCGGCAGCUGAAGAUCAGCAGCGACUAUCCUCUGGCCGAGACGAUGAUGAUGCUCGGCUUCUUCCUCACCGUGUUCGUGGAGCAGGCCGUCCUCACCUUCAGGAAGGAGAAACCGGCCUUCAUCGACCUGGAGACCUUCAACGCCGGCGGCUCCGAGGCCGGCAGCGACUCAGAGUACGACACGCCCUUCAUCUCCUCUGCACGGGGCCCGCCGGCCGGCGGCGGUCGCCGAUUGCACGGACACCAGCACGGGCACUUCAGCCCCGCCGAGCUGGCGGGGGCGGGGCCUCUGCGGCUGGCCAGCCUGGUCCUGGCUCUGUCGGCUCACUCGGUGUUUGAGGGCCUGGCGCUCGGCCUGCAGGAGGACGGAGGAAAGCUGGGCGGCCUCUUCCUGGGCGUGGCCGUGCACGAGACGCUGGCCGCCGUGGCGCUCGGGGUGAGCGUGGCCAAGGCGUCCCUUGGCAUGAAGGACGCCGCAAAGCUGGGCGUCACGGUCAGCCUGAUGAUCCCGCUGGGGAUGGUGGUGGGGAUGGGCAUCGAGUCGGCUCAGACGCUGGCUGGCGCCGUGGUGUCGGUGGUGCUGCAGGGAUUCGCCGCCGGCACCUUCCUGUUCGUCACCUUUUUUGAGAUUCUGUCCCGAGAGCUGGACGACAAACAGGACCGGCUGCUCAAAGUGCUCUUCCUCAUCCUCGGCUACGCGGCGCUGGCCGCGCUCGUCUUCAUCAAGUGGUGACAGACAGGAAGUGCACGGACGCACACAGCCAAACCAAAGGAAACGCACAACUCCGCGAAGAUUUCAGCUGAGAGGCGGAAACACCUGCAGCAGCUGGAUCAACUAUUUAUUUUUAUUCAGAUUUAAACAAAAAUAACACAUGAAAGUUAACAAAACCACCGACACGCUAGAUUAUUGUCGGUACCUGCGCUCACAGGAAGUGUGGACACGUCUGCGGUCAGGGAACUGGCGGUGAACGAGUUCCAGGAAGGAGCUGAAAGAGUUGAAUGACAGCAGCUCUGACUAGUGAUAAAAAUAAAUAAAUCUAUCUAAAACACACACAGACACUGUAGAGAAGAGUUUUCAAAGUCUGAGACGUCCCCUCAGACAAACCUUGGAAAAAGGCGCCCUCUUACUUUUCAGUUUGCUUCCUGAAGCAGGUUUUAGUUUCUGACUCUGGGAAAGUAUCUUCUGCAUCUCUUUUAACCAAAUCGCACACAUUCAGGCUGGUCUGUGUGAUCUCCUUUUCAUAACUAAUAUUUUCACGUCCGUUCACUGAGCCCGCCUCCCACUUUGAAAACCUGCUGCAGAGGAUAAAGGCCAUUUUAUACAUCUGCGCUGAAUCUACGUCGUAGCCCGAUGAGAACCUCCACCGAGAUGUAACUACACGUCGCGGCUACGCAGACAGCAAACUGUGAUUGGUCAGCUUGGCAGCAUUGUAUUUCCUUUUGAGUCCACAGGAAGUGCUGCGUGCUCUGAAGCCAGUUUUACUAGCAGCCAAACCAGCGGCGGGAACACGGUGGUUAAAUACUUUUGAGCGUCGACGACGUAACGCAACGCAGACGCUAACACACGAGUAUAAAUGCUCACGACGAAGUAUAAACGGGCUCUGAAAGAAGUAUGUUUCAGUUUCAUUCAUUAAUAAAAAGAUCUGAAGCAACACGUUACUGCUGAGAGAACAUGUAGGUUAGACUGCACUCUGCAGGAAUAAUGGAUUAUAUAUAAUCCUGCUAAAUAUCGGUCAAUCACUGAUUAUCAAUUAGAAAAGAACGGCAUGAAACGGUGGCAGUGUAACGGGUGCGCGAGCUGCAGAGUUAUGUAUAUUAUAUAAUAUUAUUGAUGCAUUUGUUUUUUAGCAUCACUUUAAUGUUGCAGCUGGUAAACGUGGAGCUAAUUUAUAUACUGCUGGGUAGUUUAAUUAUAAUACAUAGUUUCAUACUAAUUAUAUUUUGUGUUAAUCUUAAAUCAGUGAAUAUAGCCGUCAGGUAAUGUAGUGAAAAGUGUUUCCCUCUCAGAUGUGGUGGAAUAGAAGUAGAAGUACCUCACAGUUGAGUAAAUGUACUUUCCACAGCUGCAAAGUUUAAUAUAUUUAGGUGUGAAGUUAGUCUGUACUAUAAACACCGGAGCCUUUAAAGACAGUCGGGAUAUAUCAGUGUCUGCACCUAAACCAUUGUGAUGUUUUGUAUUUUUAAAGGUUUGGCCCAUCUCCUCAUUUCUCCUGUGCUAGUUGACGUGAGAUUAUUGUCAUGCUUGGUAUUUAAGACCAUGUUGAUUAUUUAUUUGUUGCGAGCGGCUGCAGAUGCAGAGCGACGUGAUGUCCUCACGCUGCUGAAACCUCUGGCUCCUCUUCGUUCACCAGCUCGUCUCUACCUGGAAAUGUUAGGUUAGGUUUUUUGUUGUUGUUGACUCGAUCCCCUGGGCCUUGUUGUUCAUGGGCUAAAAGACUCCUGUUUAUUUUCAGCAGUUAAAGGGUUGAUUUAUUUUUUAUUUUUUUAUGUUGACGUUAUCUUGAGAAACAGCGCGCUCUUAUUUUGAAAGAAAGGCAAAAUGAGUAGAAACCUUGAUCAGCUUUCUUAUGAUUGGCUGAGUGCUGAUCAUGUGAUUGGUAGGUGUGUUGGGAGCGUUCUUUUUUUCCUGCCAGUGUUUCGACACUCGGUUAGGAUUAGCCAAUCAGGGGCGAGUUCGAUCUCAAAACGUUUUGCAACGUUCCCCAACGGGCUUCGAGUUAUGUUUUCUUGUGUUUGGCGGGCGUGUCACAGGUGUUACCCAAUCGGCUGCGACAAGUUCGUAAACACAACAGCGUUAAAAAGGCAGGAAAAUGCAGCGCGCAUGCGUUCACAACAGGGUGUUCGAGGCACCACAGUUUCCGUUGAAAAAUACGUUUUGUCGGCGCCGAACUCGCCCCCGUUGUUGAAACUUUAGCAGGACAUAAAUAACGUGUCUUAGGAGCCCUCCCAGCAUGCACUGGGGCAACAGAGCCUGCAUUCUUACUGCUGUUAUUGUGAUAAACGUUUGCUCUCCAUGAUGUUUCCAAACUUUGAUUUCUGUGUUAGAUAUUCAUAUUGACGAGGUGAUGUUGGAGCGUGAUUGGUGGAGGUUUCAUGAUCAUAAACCUGCUGUGAAAAUAAAAACUUAAUUAAAACAUAUUUAAUAUCUUUUGAUUCUCAAUGUCAAUUUAAAUAUUCUGGCUGUCUCUCAACAGUCAGAAGCUUUUUAGUUCAUGUGUUUUCAGUUCCUCAGACUAUUUUGUCGUGUCUUUGAUCAGGUAACUCCUUCUUUAUGAAACGUGUCAUCAUCUCAAAGAUAAUUAAAUCAACACUGUUAUUAUAAA